CAGGAUGCUACACAGAAGCGCUAGUGAGAUGCCGUCAGUGCGUUUGAGUAAGGAUUGAAGAUAAACAGCGAAAAUACACUUGAUUUCCUCAGUACAUUGAGAAAAAUGACACGGCUCUGUCUCUGUGAGAUGUGCAGCUGCGGCCGUCACCGUUGCCCACACCAGCCCACGGCACUUUACACGAAAGGAAGUCAGAAUAAUGUGUUGACGGAGUACACAGAGAAAUACCCUGCUUAUAAAGGUCACACCCGUCCCAAGAGUCUCAAGCCCCAACAGUUGUAUAAAACUCACCAGGACCCGAUGGAUGGAACAACUACCUUCAGGACUGACUAUAUCCCAUAUAAGGUCACCCGUCGCCCUGAGAGGCUGCAGGUCGAGUACAAGCCCAAGCCUGGAGAGAUUGACUUAGGAACAACAUAUAAACAAGAUUUCAAUCUAUACGAAGUGCAACCAUUUGUUCCUUCGCGGCCUAAAGAAAGAGUCCAUACCAUGAAUGUGAAACUAGACACCGUGCCCACCUACAAAGAGGAUUUUCGUCAGUGGGAAAUCAGCAGACGGGAAUUAUCUAAACCUGAUAUGACGUAUCACCCCCCUGCUGCAAAGUUUGGAAAUUCAACGACAUUCCAGGAUGAUUUUGUCCACAAAGGUCUUGUGCCACGUGAGAGCUACAAGCCCCUUAAUGUAGCAAAGCUAUCCGAUGCUCCUUUUGAAAACAUGACCAGCAACAAGAUCUCAUAUGUACCACAUCCUGUGGAUGCCCGGUACGUGAAACCACCAGAAGAAUACAAACCCAGUGGCCAUCCUUUCCAAGACCUCACCACCCACCGACAAGACUACCAAGGCCUGCCUGGACAACUACCUAAAAGCUGCAAACCUGAACAACUCAAGGUAGUCUCUAACAUACCCUUCCAGAGCAACACGGAAUUCCGUGACCAUUUCCAGCAGUGGCCUGUCUCCCUCCCCCAGGUCCACAAGUCGAUGGAGUACACAAGUCCCACGGCACACAUGGACCUGACCACCACCUCACACACCGAUUACAUCAAGCACCAAGUCCAGCCCUUUGUUGCCGCCAAACCCUUCUCAAUCCCCACAAAGUCUUCCGGGUCUUUCCAGGGCAACACCACCAUGAGGGAUGACUUCCAGCCAUGGGUGGCACAACGUCAAGGCAUGAUCCGGAAGCAAGAGGAAAUCCGACGUUCCAGUGGGAAAAUGGAGGAUCUGACCACCUUCAAAGCCCAUUUCAUCCAGCAUGAACUGCAGCCCACACUCAGCUUCAAGCCCCAUAAUGCACGACUGUGGACCGACGCUCCACUAGAGAACGAGACCAUGUACCGCACAGAGUUCACAGCCAAGAGGAUCAGCAUGUGUCCGGCCAGUUUUGAGUCUCCACCGGGGUUUGUUUUCGAUAACUGCGAUGAUCGAGGCCACCGGUUCUUCCGCAAGUUGAUGUCCACUGAUAGGAUUGAGAAUCCUAAAGCAAUGGCAUUGACGGCUUAAGAAAUUCAUCAUAUUGAGUUUCCAUAAAAGGUGACUCAAGCUAGCAUACAAAAGUUAUCUCUCUGAAUUAUUCUAAUCCCACAGGGAUUUUUAAUGAAUCAGGACAUGUGGAAUGGGUCAAUGAAUCAACCCAGUUAUCUUUCAUAAAAAAAUGUAUUGUGUGCAUCUCGAAAUUCUUAGUAAUUUGAACUAUUUAAAAGUAGUUUUUUAAAUUUUCAGUAGGAUGAAAUUGUGGCCUACUUAAAGUAAUAUUCCAGGUUCAAUACA